ACUUGAGCGCUGCUCGCUUCUGAUCCAUUUCGUGAAUAUCAAAUACACACGACGCCUCCAUGUUGGAAAGAGUAUAGAGGGGGAUACAAUUAUUUUGAAAAUGAGAGUUCAAGUAACGGGAUUAUCGGAACUGUCCUAUUUUCGUAUUGAAACUUGACCGAGGCGAGCUUUUUCGUCGUUUCAUCAUUGUUUCAGUCAACGUCAAUUUUUAUGUUGAAUUGAACACUGAUCAGUUCAAGGCUAGCUCUAGUUGCUAGCCAGACGUUAGCAACGUUUUCUUAUUUUUAGUUCAACGUUGGGAGUUUGUUUUGCCCAUGCUGUUCUUGAAUGUUGCUUGCUAAAUUGGAUAUUCCCAGCGAUUGACAAGUGGUGGUAUUUUGCCUUUAAACCACUAGCUAGUUACAUGUAGCCCCUCCUGUGUCCCGUCUCAGUCCAUUUGGCCAUCGUUACACUACCUAGCUAGUUUAGGGCCCGGCUGCCAUUUCAACACAGCUAGCAAGGCAGCUACGGUAGCUAACGUCUAGGCUAACGUUAACCAUUGUGGACUAGGACUAGCUGGACAUCUUGUUUGUAGAAAACAAGCAAGUAAAUAAACAUUCAAACGAACCAAAAAGGAAUAACCAUCCGUCGCAAUGGACCACACGUCUAUAAUAACCCAGGUUUCCAACCCAAAGGAGGAGGAGAUUAUCUCGUUUAAUCAGGAAAAAGUCUCCCAGUCCAACAGCAGUUUGAAGAAGCAGAGGAGUCCAGGCGUUUUCAGUACGUUCUUCUGUUGCUUUAGGAACUACAAUGUGGAGCCUCCUGCCUCCAACAACACAACCACCUCCCUGCCUCCAGCCCCAGAGGAGAACGGGACACAACCAAAGUUUGACCAGGUCGAGGUUAUUCCUAUCCCUAGUCCUCCAGCCAAAUUCCUCCUACCAGAGAUGAACAUAUCAGACUAUGGGAAGAAGUGUGUAGUGAUCGACUUGGAUGAGACAUUGGUACACAGCUCAUUCAAGCCCAUUAGCAAUGCUGACUUCAUAGUCCCAGUGGAGAUAGAUGGCACAGUUCAUCAGGUGUACGUGCUGAAGAGACCUCAUGUGGAUGAGUUCCUGCAGAAGAUGGGAGAGCUGUUUGAAUGUGUUCUCUUCACGGCUAGUCUCGCAAAGGGCAACGGUGUCUAG